AGGGCGUGAACAUAAACGGGUUGAGAGAAUUUAGACUAUCUAGACCUAAUACAAUCUAAUAGGCCUACAUAUUUUACAUUUUAACAAAGGACAUAACAUGAGUGAAGAACCAAAGCGGUUUAAGCUACGUGAGGAAAAACAUGUGGUUGCAGAAAUUGAAAUUAUGGCUUGGUCACCAACUAUGGACCUCCUGGCUCUGGCUAAUGUCAAUGGUGAUGUGUUAGUGAACAGACUGUCCUGGCAAAGGGUUUGGUCAUUGCCACCUCCCACUGAGGGAGACAAAGUUGGUGGAUUUGCCUGGAGACCAGAUGGGAAAGUUAUUGCUGUGGGCUAUAAAUCUGGCGUGUUGAGGAUCUGUGAUGUUGAAAAAGGUGAUUUGGUCUACGUGGGUAGUGUCAAAGGUGGAGUAACAUGUAUAGAAUGGCAGGAGCAGUCCAGGCAUAUGUGUGAGAAGCCUGAACGCUAUGCUGAAGACAACUCCGCCAGCUACCUACCUACUGCACACCAACUCAAUUCCUUAUACAGUGAUAAUAAUUUGUCAAAGGAUCAGUCAGGUCUUGAGGCUUAUGAAAGAUUCAGGUCCUUAACAGCACAGAGAGAGUUGAAUAUGCUAAUGGUUGGCACAAGCUUAAGUGAAGUCAACUUGUUCUCAUAUGGAGCAUUCCCCACUGGUGUGAUUGAUGUUUCAGUUGAUGAUGUUUCAGGGUGCCAGCAUGUUGACUCAGCCAUCAUUUCUCCAGAUCUGAGCUGUCUCUCUGUUGUUGUUAAAUCCAUCAGUGAUGGGCAAGUGAGCUUCUGGAAUAAAACUUACAGUACAUCCUUACUACUGGCAAGACAUGAAGAAAUCAGAAUUUUAUCCUCCAAAUAUGUGAUGAUAGCAUCAGCUCAGAUGGAACUUCAUGUCAUCAUACAACAAAUGUGUGAAGCCUGGGAAGAAAUCCUUCGAGAGAUGGACUCAAAGCUUCUUAAAUUUGCUGAGACCAAGAGGCAAGGUAACCAAGGAUCCAUUAGCAACGACUUUCUGGAGCUGCUGCUCUUUGGGACAACUAGCUUGGAGCUACAAUCUUUUCUGCUUCAAGAUUUGACAGAUAAGGGUCUGAAGAAACUUGGCUUCUCUAUUGAAAAUUCCUAUUCAAACAUUCAAAAACUUGUGGUUCGCCAGCUGCAAAGGGUCAGCCAGAACAUAACCUCUCACCUGAGUGACCUCCACGGCAUGUCCCAGUGGUACGACAAGUUUGGGGUUCUGGGGCUGGGGACUGCCACAGUACAGAAGGCUGUCAAGAUGGCUGGAGCCUUUGCUAUCAGUGCCAGUGAACUCCAACAAGUGAUAGAUACAAGCAUAAAAAACUUCAAGGCAUUUUUUCGUUGGCUGUACAUAGCUAUUCUCCGACUGUCCAAUGAAAAUCUACCUCCUGAUAUUAACAAGAUGACUCAACAUGACAUUAAAUUUGUGGCUGACUUUCUGAGGGACAACUUCAGUCAUCUAGGAGAGGUCAGUGAUUCCGAGGAAGACAGUGAGCUGGACACAUCACUUGCCAGUGUUGAGAAGCCCAGCAGACAGGGCUUCAAGCUAGAAAAGGUGGGCCAGUAUCUCAAGAAGGAAGAUCUUGCGCAGCCACCAAACUACAAUGAAAACCCAUGGGUGCAGUUCUUAAACACCACAAACUAUAAAGCAGAUAGUCAGAUUCUGUAUCCCUGUUUGCAUGGCAAGUCCAUUGUUCAAAGAAAAGAUCUGCUAGAUGAAGCUAUAGCCAAAGCUGUGAUGGAACCAACAACUGUCAUUGGUAAUUCCAUGAGAGAGGUUAUGUCAUUUCCCUUGAUCUCCGCAUCAGAAAUCUCACAACCUGACCUUCGACCACCCAAAGUUUGUCAGUUUACUGAUGAGGAGAAAGGUGUGUUGUGGACUGUCUAUGUCAAACAUCAGUUGCCUUGUGAGUGGAUGUACCUGAUGAAGCACACAAUCGACAUGACAGAAAAUAGUGAAAUUGAGGUUCUACGCAUAUCUGUUGGGAAAUUCAUGGAAUCACUAGAGGAACCACUGGAAAAGCCGUGUGAGAGACACAUGUUUGUAGACGUGGCCGUGUUCAACAGCCAGACCCUGACGCUACUACUGCAGGAGGAGCACGAGGAGGACACGGCUCUGCUGCUCCAGCUCCCACUAGCCCUGCUCCCGGCUGCACAGUUCACCCGUGCUCAACACAUCCACUUCAAUCCCGACAUGCACGUAGAGACGGUGGAUGUUGGACCGCUGCUGUCUAAAGCUGGCGUCAACUAUCAAAGUAAUGCGGUGGGUCACUCCAUCGCUGUGGGAGGUCUCAGAACUACAGCUUCAAUGCUGCUUCGGUCACAGAGGAGAAUUCGUUUAUUUUUACUGGAUGAUGGUGACGGGAACGAUGAUGAGGACGAGGAAGAAGAAGAGACGAAAGAUGAGAGCACACAGCUAGACGACAGUGCCGCGGACAGCACAAAGGAAGAUGUCGACGUGACAGGAGAAGAUGAUAACAAAGAGAAUGAUAUGGCUGAUUAGAGGGAGAGAA